AUGCAACCCAACACCAGUGCUACAUGGCAGGGCCGUAUCCCUUGUUUUGAAAAGCUGCUGGUUAUUUCUGCUGUCCUUCGUGUUGUGCUCAUACUGUACAGCGAAUGGCACGAUGCGCAUUCGAUAGUAAAGUACACCGACAUCGACUAUCGUGUAUUCAGUGACGCUGCCAGAUUCAUCCUUUACCCCAAACUGCAGGGUAAUACUGCAAAGGGGCCACUUGCACCUCUCUUUUUUACUGUCGGAGAUCCGUAUGCUCGGGAGACCUAUCGCUAUACUCCACUACUGGCCAUCCUUCUCCUUCCAAAUGAGUGGCUGCACCCGUCAUUCGGAAAGUACUUGUUUGCUGCAUGCGAUCUAAUAAACGGCGCCCUCAUUUAUCAAAUUUUGAUGUUGCACAUCCUUCCCCAUACUAAAUCAUUGGCACCAGAUGUCUCCGCAGAGAACUCGAAACGCUUUAUGCGUGCAUAUGCAACUCUUCUAGCGGCAACCCACCUCUUGAACCCUCUUGUAUUCACUAUCUCAACGCGUGGUUCUUCUGAAGCGAUUCUCUGCACUUUUGUCCUCUUGACAUUGUUCUACGCACUUGAACGUCGACACAACGCUGCCGCCGUGAUGCUGGGACUCAGCGCUCACUGGAAAAUCUACCCGAUUAUAUAUGGGGUUAGCUGUGUCUCUGUGAUUACCUUGCAGCAUGUCGAUGGAGAAGGGUGGGAUUUUGCGUAUCUACGUCGUCUGGUUGGAAGACAGGCGCUUUGUUUCGCCCUGCUUAGCGGAGGGACAUUUAUUAUUCUGGGAGCAGUAUGCUACGCUAUGUGGGGAUACCCCUUCCUCUACGAGGCAUAUUUAUAUCAUACAGACCGGCGUGAUCAUCGGCACAACUUUUCUCCUUACUUCUACCUCAUCUACCUCACAUAUUCUAGUUCUGGAAGUACAUCAGCCGACUUACCCAUCUGGCGCCAGCUGCUCCGCUCGCCGUUUACGAGUCUUAUACCCCAACUGACGUUGUCCCUCGGGACUGGCCUCAUCCUUGGCCGACUCUCGGCCGACCUUCCGUUCGUGUGGUUUGUACAGACGUUCACAUUCGUGCUCUUCAACCGCGUGUGCACGUCUCAAUACUUUAUUUGGUACACCCUCUUCAUACCCCUACUUGUACCUCGCAUCACCAUUUCGUGGAAAAAGUGGGUGAUGUGUGGAGUAGUCUGGAUGGGCACGCAAGCGCUGUGGCUUGCAGAGGCAUACAAGCUGGAAUUCCUCGGUGAUGAUGUGUUCUUUGGGCUUUGGGUCAGGAGUUUGAUUUAUGUCGCUGGUCAUGCAUGGGUACUUGGGGUCAUCAUGAGUGGAUAUACACCCUUCGUAUCAUGUAACCAGCACACUCAGGCACCUGAGUAG